AGAAUAAAGAAUUAGCAUUUUUCAAUAACCCCUUCUGCUUUUUGUUUUAGUCCAAAGCCAAACUCGAGCUAUUUAUUUAUAAACUAUUUAUAAGCAGAAACACGCAGUUUUAUAUAUAGCCUUGGGCUACACGCAGUUAAAAUAAUUGUUUGAUAAUAAUUGUGUAAAUUAAUAUAAUAAAUGAAUUAUUAUUUUUUUAAUAUUGUAAUAUAAUAAUUGUGAUACUUCCCGCACCGACCCCAAGUAUGUACAGAUAUUGAUUAUUUGCAAGCAUGUUAGUUGUAAACACAUAAACGAUAAUCAAAUUAAAGUUAACUAGAGUGGCUUAAUGCAUUUUAGUUGAAUUUAAAGCGCCAGAUCAUUGCCCUCCUCUCUGAUAUCCUCCCGCAGACACAGAUCUGACAGUAAGCGGAUUGAGUCUGUUCAGUCAGCGAAACUAGCCGAGACACUCAUGCUAGCGUUCAUACACCUGUCUCUAACUGACUGCAGAACGGUACUCUUUCCUCUUAAGCCACGAUGCUGGCCAUAUUUACAAAGAUCAAAGACCGCGUCGAGGCUUUUUUGAACGAGAAGAAUAUAGUCACUGACUGUCUUAAUACAAUCGAAGAAAAAACAGGCAUCAAGAAACGUUAUUUAGCGCUAGGUGCUGUUGGUGUGACCGGAGCGUAUCUAUUAUUUGGAUACGGCGCUUCUCUGCUCUGUAAUCUGAUUGGUUUUGUUUAUCCUGCAUAUUACUCUAUCAAAGCCAUAGAAAGUCCUGAUAAGGAGGAUGACACUCAAUGGCUGACGUACUGGGUAAUCUACAGCUUCUUCAGCGUGGGGGAAUUCUUCGCUGACAUCUUUCUCCACUGGUUUCCUCUCUACUAUGUCUGUAAGUGCUUGUUUCUGUUGUGGUGCAUGGCUCCGGUCUCCUGGAACGGUUCUCAGGUUCUCUACAGGUUUGUGGUGCGCCCAUUUUUCCUGAAGCAUGAAGCCAGAGUGGACGAGAUCAGCGGGAAGGCCAUGUCAGCAGCUGAGCACGUCACCAGAGAGGUUCUUCACACUCUGGUGAGAAACCGGGCUGUUGGCCCCGCUGAGCCUGAAGCCAAAAGACUGCCCAGUUCUGCUUCUACUGAACCCACUGUUGAUUAAAUGGUGGCUAAAGUGAUCUGAGCAAGAGAUGCAGCAUCAUGUUGAAGACAGUCUUCACAAUUUCAAUAAACUUUUAUAGCCAACA